AUGGCUUCAGAUCGCGGAAUCCCAAAGAUCACAAGCUCAAAGUCUUGGUUUGCAAGCAGGCAGGACUUCGCUGCGCAUGGCGUCGAGAUCAUCGAGAAAGGUUUCAAACAGGCAAAGAGCGGCGUGUUUCGAGUCACAGCUUUGGAUGGGUCAGAUUUGGUGCUCUUGGCACCCGAACAUUGGUUGGCGAUAUGCAAGAAGAAGGAUGAAGAAGUUGCACCCGCUCGCAAAGAGUUCUUUCUCUGCGAUUUGCAUGGUGCCCCUUUCGAAGAGCCAUAUCUGUAUCGUUAUCUAGCUUCCCGCAUGCCGGGUUUUGAUAAACACCUGGAGGUCAUCUCCGAGGCUUUAGAUGAGGGAAUCGCGAGCGUUCUCAGUGAGGGCUUCGACUACUCUCACGGUGACAGCAGGCCUGUUAUCAUGCAGCCGCAAAUCUUACACGUAUAUUCUCAUGUAAUAUGGCGGGUCAUCCUUGGCAACAACUUCAGUCCCGAGGUGGUGGACAUUUUUGAAAGCUAUUCAGCAACACUCAUUCCCGUCAUGAAGGCUCUCAAGGCUCAGCGACCCAUCAUAGCUCGAAUUACCGCGGCGUUUUCAAGUGAUGUUCGUAAGGUCAAUGCUCAGCUGGAGAGGGUGACAGCUUUCUUCACCCCCCUCUUCGAGCAGUGUGCCCAAGCCUUGGAGCAAGGCUUGGACAUGAGUUCAGUCAACAACGAUUGGCUGGAAGAAUUGGUUCGCAUGGCACCCGAAGAAAAAAGGCGUGACUACAAGUACCUCACCAACGUCUUAAUCGGCUUUGCUUUCACCUUCGUGUUUUCUCCGGGACCGUCGACGACGCAGAUUGUGUAUGAGUUUGCGUUCCGUCCUGACUACACUAAACUUGUGCUCGAGGAGGCAAACCAAGUUUUGGGAGAACAGGUGGAUAUCUGGCACUUUACACGGGAUAGUCUCAGGAGGCUGUCGUUGCUGGACAGCUUUUGCAAAGAGACACACAAACACCACCCGACGGCUGCAUCCAACCUCAUGAAAAAGAUUCACAAGACGCAAACGCUUCCGAAUGGAGUUGUUCUUCCUGCGGGGACAAUUUUCGAAGUUGUCAUGACGGCAGCACAUUUGUCCAACCCCGGUUUCGACAACCCAGCCAAAUGGAACGGGCGGCGAUACCACGAGCUGCGGCAACAGAUGUCUAAUGGUCUUGGCGCCAACAAGUAUGACUGGGGCACAGCAACCAGGGACGAUGUCAACUUUGGUGAGCAACUCGCCCUUUUCCUCCUCCCUUCCAUCGAGGUUGUCCAAAUUCCCAAGAAUUCCCAACGUGGCCACCCAACCCCCAAGCUUGUAUGGCCAAAAGCCUGUAUGCCCGUCUACCCGGAUCCGUUACGCUCUCUUGCCAGCUUGAUCGAAACACCGAGCGCCGACAUGGAGUCGCUGCAGGCGUCGCUGUGCGAUCGCGCCAGCAAGGAUCCUCAAUCUUCAACCAACUACUUCAUCAAACUCCCCAAUGAGCUUGUCCUCGAAAUCACCAACCUCUGCCAGGCGCGCAAAGCUCUCUCCCGUGUCAAUAAACAGCUUCGCUCGUUGACGAUUCCCUACAUCUUCCGGCGGAUGAGAAAGUGGGUCAACGAGGACAGGCUUUUUGACAGCCUUCAGGUCAUCGAGAAGAACCCUACCAUCCUGUCUGCCGUCCAACAUUUCUCUCUUUCAUCCGACGGCCCCAACAGACCUGCAUCCCGCUGGGACUUUCUUGACUCCGCCAGUGGUCCCUGUCCUGCAGCAGCCCCUGCUCUGUUGGCAACCGUUCUGCACAAGAUGAUUAACCUCGAGGAGCUCUCACUCAGACUCUGCUACGGCAACAAGACUCUAUCAGGCCCUCUUCGCAAGGAACUUCUCAACAAGAACAUCGUCUUAGCAUCCAUCCGAAUCUUGACCUUUGGCAACACAUCUACCAUGAACUUCGUCCCCAGCACUUUCAUCAAUUUACGUGUGCUCAGUGUCACCGUCAAGACAUCUCCCAAGAAGACGUCUGGACUGCAAGGCGCCUCGACGAAAUUGCAGCUAGAGGUCCUCGAGCUCAAGCAGGACAAUUGGACGACUGAAGACGUUGAGGAAAUUUUCGAACUCUUCCCUCAAGUCUCGAAGCUUCUCGUUGAUGGCGAGCUGAAGAACACCAGAGUCUCAACGCUCAUCCCCAUAUUCAAGCAAUUCAACAAUAUGCGAUAUCUUGCUCUGACCACUGUUCCCAAAGUCUAUCCCCGUCCAGGUCUUUUCGACGACAGACUCCUCGAUGAGAUUGAUGAUCUUCGUGAGACACAUCCUCUCAAGGAGGAUCUGGUAAUCAAUGCUGUGGAGCUUUUCCAGCAAUGCCAGCAACUAGAGACAGUAUGCUUGAAGGAUGUUUUCGACGGACACGUCUUCCUGCCCACCAGAAAUGGUAAAGAGAUUACUGUCGAUGACACCGUCUUCACCAAUGAGGAUGGGUUUACAUUCGGUUGGCCGACUCUUUCGACUAUGUAG